AUGUCUGAAUACAGAGCUGAAGAUGAGUUCACUAGAAACGAAUUCAAUUUAGAAACAAAAUCUACGAUCGGGGUCGAAUUUGCUACCAGGAGUCUUAACGUUGAUGGCAAGGUCAUCAAAGCUCAGAUUUGGGACACCGCUGGUCAAGAAAGAUAUCGCGCGAUUACAAGUGCUUACUACCGAGGAGCAGUUGGGGCUCUACUCGUGUACGACGUAACACGCCGCGCGACUUUUGAAAACAUCGAGAGGUGGUUAAAGGAGUUACGGGACCACACGGAUCCCAACAUCGUUGUGAUGUUGAUUGGAAACAAAUCGGACCUCCGUCACCUCCUUGCAGUGUCAACCGAUGAGGGAAAAACAUUAGCGGAAGCAGAGUCCCUUUGUUUCAUGGAAACCUCCGCAUUGGAAGCAACUAAUGUUGAAAAUGCUUUUAGUGAAGUGAUUACACAAAUUUAUAGGAUUGUGAGCAAGAAAGCGGUUGAAGGUGGUGGGGACACGGGGUCGGUUCCGGCUAAAGGAGCCGCGAUUGAUGUUAGGGAUGAGUCUGUGGGCCCCAAACGGUUCGGGUGUUGCUCGGGUUAGGGUUAGGGUUUAGGGUUGUGUUAAUUGGCCAUGAGAAUCUGUUUGAGAAGGUGUAAGGGCUUGUGGUAUAGUAUGAAUUGGUAUGGUUUUGG